GUAAAUAUAAUUAAAUUAACUAAAGUUGUAAUAAUUUUACUAGAAUAAGUUAAAAUGAGUAGCAAAAGUUAUUUGAGAAGAUUGAUAAAAGCUGAAAAGGAAAAGUACUUAGAAAAAUUGCUGAUCGUAGGAAAAGAAAGUGCUAACAGUUCAGAGAUAAGUGAAGGCGUACUGAAAACUUUGAAAAAUAUAAUAUCUGAAGAAAUCACUAGAAAUUACAAUAUAGAAGGCGUUCAUGGCAAGAAAUCUUUAAAAACCAUGGCAAAUUUUUAUUCUGCACUAUUGGAUUCCAUUCCUAUUAAUGAAAAUUGCAGCGGAUCAGCAGAAACACAGCUUAGAAAAGCAAUCCAAUUGCAGAAAAAGCGGCAUUUUAAAAAGCUAGCAAACACUCGCACCGAAUAAUUAACAUAUGUAUAUGUAAAAGCAUAACGCUUACAAAAGUGAAUUUAUAAAUUUAUUUUAUUUUUAUUAAUUUAUUUUACUUAUUUUUUCCGAUAUACAGUGC